UACUUUCUUCCUCGCCUCGACCGUUGUCAUGGUUUUAAAGAACAGCGACACCUGCUGCCCAAGUUCGGGUCCGUUUAUGAAAGCUGUCCAAUCCGCUUUGAACAGACAGCGAUAGUCGACGAAUAGAAAGCCUCAGCUGAAUGGUGGACUGUUGAUACAUCCAAUGACCGGGAUGGUAGUAGCUAAUAGUCCGUCCGCGGUGGUGCGGUGGUGAACACACUGGUCGGGACAGGACAGCGCUACAUGGGGGACGCAGGCGACAGUAGCUGGUACCACGGCUCCCACAUCCAGGAGCGACAAAUCCGCACUCUGGAGAAAUCUCUGCGGCUGCACGACGCUCCGCUAUCGGGAAUCGACUUGAUGAAAUAACCAAGCUGAGCAUGAACACAUCGCGUUUGAGUGUCUCCUCCUCUGAGCAUGGACUGACCAAAUCCCUCUCUGGAUGAUUUGAUGGGGCUGCUCAGAGUCAUGAUGCCGCCCAAGUUGCAGCUUCUGGCGCUGCUGGCGUUCGCAGUGGCCAUGUUCUUCCUGGAGAACCAGAUCCAGAAGCUGGAGGAGUCCCGGGGAAAGCUCGAGCGAGCCAUCGCCAGACACGAGGUACGAGAGAUCGAGCAGCGGCACACGCAGGACGGUCUGCGGGAACGGGACUCGUCGGCUUCGUCGUCGUCCGACAACGAAGACGACAUCGUCAUCAUCUACAACCGCGUGCCCAAGACGGCCAGCACCUCCUUCACCAACAUCGCCUACGACCUGUGCGGGAAGAACCACUACCACGUCCUGCACAUCAACACCACCAAGAACAACCCGGUCAUGUCCAUACAGGACCAGGUGCGGUUUGUAAAGAAUGUGACCGAGUGGAGGGAAAUGAAGCCGGCUUUCUACCACGGACACGUCUCCUUCCUCGACUUCACCAAGUUUGGGGUGAAGAGGAAGCCUAUCUACAUAAAUGUGAUCCGCGACCCCAUUGAAAGGCUGGUGUCCUAUUAUUACUUCUUGCGUUUCGGGGACGACUACCGGCCCGGCUUGAGACGCAGGAAACAAGGAGACAAGAAGACGUUUGAUGAAUGUGUAUCAGCCGGCGGCUCAGACUGUGCCCCUGAGAAGCUCUGGCUCCAGAUUCCCUUUUUCUGUGGUCAUUACUCUGAGUGCUGGAACGUGGGCAGCCAGUGGGCUCUGGAGCAGGCAAAAUACAACCUGGUGAAUGAGUACAUGCUGGUCGGAGUAACGGAGGAGCUGGAGGACUUUGUCAUGAUGUUGGAGGCCGCGCUGCCACGCUUCUUCAAAGGAGCCACUGAGCUGUACAAGACAGGGAAGAAAUCCCACCUGAGGAAGACCAGUGAGAAAAAGCCGCCCACAAAAGAGUCUAUCGCCAAACUGCAGCAGUCGGCCAUCUGGAAGAUGGAGAACGAGUUCUAUGAGUUUGCACUGGAGCAGUUCCAGUUUGUCAGGGCACAUGCUGUCAGAGAAAAGGAUGGGGAGCUUUACCUGCUGGCACAAAACUUCUUCUACGAGAAAAUCUACCCCAAAAACUAAAGAGACAUUGUAGAACACAUGUGGAGAGGACACUUGAUCCAAGCCGAGAUGGGGGGAAAAAAACAAAAGAGAGAAGUAAGACUAAAAGACUUCUGGCGACUGUGAGGCAGGUUUGUACGUGCGAUUGAGAACAUAAAGUGGAGCUACAGAACAAUCAGCCUCUGACGCAGCAAUCAGACUGGCGGCCGCUCUGUUGUUUACAUCCGUGCCAGCCAACUGGACAAGGAGGACGUGUUUCGUCAGCAGGUUGUGUUCCCAGCAGCCCCCCUGCCUCCACUCCCUUUCACUUCCAUUUCAAAGGUCAGGCCUCUGCCGGCACAUGUCCGGAGCGGAGACGGCCCGUCCAGCAGCUGGUCGCACCUCGACCCGUGAUUGGCUUCGCUGUUCUCCAAUCCAGACAUUCUCAUUGGCUCUGUACUGUUUGGUUGUGUUUUGAUUGUAUUUUAACUCUUUACUAUGGUUGUCUUUUUGUAUGUAAAGACAUUUUCCACAGCGAAACAACAUCCACAUGCCUCACCACUACUACUAACUUAAAGAGAUUUUAAGUGUAAGAAACUGACUACUGUGCUGUAUUAUCGGACUUGAAUGAGAACUUUUGAGGUUUGUACGAAAUAAAAAUCCUGUGACCAUGGACUAUUUA